AUGGGUGGAACGGCCGUUUCGACGACGACACCCCGGCUACUUAUUCUUCUCCUUUUCUUUCUUUCUCUCGUGUUCUCUUCGUCUCCCUCUGCUUCUCCCCCUCUCUCGUGUUAUAUCUGUGAUUCGACGCUCGACUAUGGAUGCACCGAGACAAGGGUGUCCCGGGAGCACAUCGCAGAAUGCGGAGAGCUGACAUUUGACACAUAUCGACGACAACCAAUUGGAUGUCUCAAAAUGAUUGACAAGGAUUAUCACCCGUACCGGAUCAUCCGCAGUUGUUCGUAUAUGGGUCGAGUGAAUGCCCACGGGAGAAGAGCGAAUAAUAAGGUCGUAUACCAAUGCAGUGGCGAAUCUGAAUGUAAUACAGCGAAUGGAAAGCGGUAUUGGGCAUUGUCGAUCGGGAUUUUGAGUCUAUUACUGCUUACUGGUAUUUUGCGA